CAGGAUUACCUAAGGAAAAAUUAGAAUGGGUCAAUAAUAUAAAGAAAUUAUGGAUAACCAUAAGAAAUCUAAUUAAACGAGAAUUAAUAGGAAAAAAGAAAAAAGAAAUCAAACAUAAGAUCAAAUUACGUCAAGAAUUUCUAAACACUAAACCAAAACACAUAAUUGACAAAGUCUUAGAUAGAGACUCCUGA